CCCCUGGCGCAAUCCGGCUGCAAGCAACCCAGCUCCCCGCGCAGGCGAUGGCGCAACGGCCGGGGGAUUGCAGGCGAGGCGGGCGCGUGUCAUCAUGGACGGGGCGGAGAGGAAGGGAGGUCGCCCGCCUGGUGCAAUCCCCGGCGGCGGCCGCAUCAGCCGGGCGGAGGGCGGGAGGGGAGGCGAGCGCGGGGCGGCGCCAAGGCGAGCGGCCGGGGUUACAUCAUCCCCCGACGGCGAGGGCAGGAGGAGGCGCCGCGCCGCCCCAGCCAGACAAAGGCGCUCAGCUCUCCUCGCCAUGGAGCGCCGCUGCGCCUGAGACGCAGGCUCUCCCCCACCCUCGCCCGCGGGUGGGACCCUCCUUGGCAUCGGUGCCAAGACCCCAACCCGGGGUCUAGCCCACCCCCCACCCCACCCCACGCCGGCUGGACUUUUGCCUGCAGGCUGCCGCUCGCUCGCCCACCCCCCGCGAGAAGGAAAGCUCCGCGCACAGGAGGACGCCGGGUCCCCUGGAAGGCAGCCGUCGGGGGCUCCUGCGCCAAAGAUGAAUCUCCUUGUGGCGGAAUGUCCGGCGGCAGUUUCUCUGCGGAAGAAACGGCUGGACUUCGACGAUGCGCCCGAGGGCGACGGCCCGCAACGCAAGCGCCCGCGUCUGGGUCCCCUGCCGGGGCCGACCCCUUGCCUCCAGCCCCUGGCUCACUCCCCGCCGGCCGCAGAGCGGGACUUGGGGGUCUCCCAGAUUGGCCCCUACCUCCUUCUAGAGGCCACCGACGGGGGACGCUGCUACAGAGCCGUGCACAGACACACGGAAGCGGAGUACACCUGCAAG